AUGGGUGCAGGUGGCUCUCCCAUGUGCCUCUCUCUCGCCUCAUUCAAGGGAAUGAGGAGCCGGCUGGACAGACCGUUACUCUGGGCUAUUUUUCUUUCUACUGCACUUCAGAACACUGCAGUGGAUUGUAAGAGGCUGAGAACAAACGAUUUACCUUCUCCAAAGCUGAACUCAAGGACGAAUGUGGUCAGCAUGGGCCAGAAUGUAUCUCUGUCUUGUUCCAGCAAGAACACAUCAGUGAAUGUCACCUAUUCGCUAUUUUUGGGUAGGAAACACCUACAAACCAAGAAAAGUGGGCAAACUGUGACUUUUUACCUGAAGAUCUCCAAUGCCGACGAAACAGGCCCCUACAAAUGCAAAACCAAUGAUUCCAGUGGGCAGAAAUACAGUCAGGAUUUCAACUUCACCAUCGCCAAAGAGAGCUGCCCUUUAUGUCUGCUGUCACAGCUGCUGCCAGCAGUGUUACUGGGGCUGCUGGUAAUAAUCCUAGUUCUGGUUUUCUUCAUUCGAACAAAGUACAAAAGAGGAAAAGCUCAGAGAGCGAGCAAGUCCAAGAGUUCUGGAGAUCAGUCACGCAAGAGGCAGGACAACCCCAGGAGCUACACUAUGCCACUCCGGUCUUCAAGGAGGUGGUACCCAGGGAACAAGAGGGCCAUGCUGGUAAUAAAACGGAUUACGUCUAUUCUAACCUCACCUACUGAAGUGUGAAGAAACCGACUGCAUCCCGUGUAAAAGAGACUUUCUAGUAAGCCGGUGUGUAUAGGCGAACAGCCAAUUUGCCUGGCGCUUCAGUUUCACACCAAGCUGGGGAAGGAGGACCCUGAAUUCACGGCCAACUGGGACUAAAAGCAAGACCCCGUCUUAAAACACAAAACUAGGCAGGUGGUGGAGACACACACCUUUAAUCCCAGCACUCGGGAGGCAGAGGCAGGCAGUCUCUGUGAGUUGGAGGACAGCCUGGUCUACAGAGUGAGUUCCAGGACAGACUCCAUAGCCCUGUCUCGAAAAACAAAAAAACAACCAACCAAACAAACAAACAAAAAACAAAAACCACAAAACCAAAACUAUUUAAGCUAGUCACCAAAGUGAAUUUCUAUUUUUCACAUCUGAACACUAUUCCUUUGGCUAAUUUUGGGCAUCUAAUCUUGUCAUCUAAGUAGCCAGGCUUGAUAACAGUUAUUAAGUAUUUGAUUUUGUGGGCGUCCAUCGUCCUCACUCUCCAAUACCUUUAAUUACCUCGGGGCCCAAGAGGGGGCUGUGCAGUUAAAAGCACAUACUGCUCUUUCAAGGGACAGGAGUUUGAGUCCCACAGCUCAGAGCUGCCAAUAACUUUGUUUCCAGAGGAUCCAUCACUGUCUUCUGGCAUCUGCAGGCACUGUACUCAUGCACAAACACACACCUAAACAAUUAAAAAUUAACAAGCCUACAGCCAUAUCACCUGGAACAUGCCCAAUCUCAUCUAAAAAUAAGUAAUAAAAAUUUAAAAAGUUAAAUCUAGGCCGGGCAGUGGUGGUGUAUGCCUUUUCCCAGCACUUUUCCCAGGCAAA